AUGCCAGGUUCUUCUGGGCAGCCAGGCUCACAGACGAUAAAGAAAGGGCACAGAGGAGUGGACUCCACGGGCGAGACUACCUAUAAAAAGACGACGUCGUCUGCCUUGAAAGGUGCCAUUCAGCUGGGCAUCACACACACAGUUGGAAGCUUGAGCACCAAACCCGAAAGAGAUGUUCUCAUGCAAGAUUUCUACGUAGUAGAAAGCAUUUUCUUCCCAAGUGAAGGGAGUAACCUGACCCCAGCUCAUCACUACAAUGACUUUCGGUUCAAAACCUAUGCUCCAGUGGCCUUUCGCUAUUUUCGGGAGCUCUUUGGGAUCCGACCAGAUGACUAUCUGUACUCACUCUGCAACGAGCCACUCAUUGAACUUUCAAACUCGGGGGCCAGCGGAUCCCUCUUCUACGUAUCCAGCGACGAUGAGUUUAUCAUCAAAACAGUUCAGCACAAGGAGGCUGAGUUCUUACAGAAGCUGCUGCCUGGCUACUACAUGAAUUUGAACCAGAACCCAAGGACGCUGCUGCCAAAGUUUUAUGGAUUGUACUGUGUCCAGGCCGGAGGCAAAAACAUUCGCAUUGUCGUGAUGAACAACCUACUACCGCGCUCUGUCAAAAUGCACCUGAAAUACGACCUGAAGGGCUCCACCUACAAACGCCGAGCAUCCCAGAAGGAGCGAGAGAAGGUCUUCCCAACAUACAAGGACUUGGAUUUUAUGCAGGACAUCCCUGAUGGCCUCUUCUUAGACUCUGACAUGUAUAAUGCUCUGUGCAAAACGUUACAGAGAGACUGUUUGGUCCUGCAGAGCUUUAAAAUCAUGGAUUACAGUUUGCUUGUGGCAAUCCAUAAUAUUGACCUGGCACAGAGAGAGCACGCGAUGGCAGACGGGACAUCCCAGACCGAUACGCGGCGACCCGCUGCCCAGAAGGCCCUCUACUCGACAGCCAUGGAAUCCAUCCAAGGAGAGGCCCGGCGAGGUGGCACCAUAGAAACCGAUGACCAGAUGGGAGGCAUUCCGGCCCGCAACGCGAAGGGGGAGAGACUGCUGCUGUACAUCGGCAUCAUUGAUGUGUUGCAGUCGUACAGAUUUGUCAAGAAGCUGGAGCACUCUUGGAAGGCCCUUGUACAUGAUGGGGACACUGUAUCUGUGCACAGACCCAGCUUCUACGCUGAAAGGUUUCAACGGUUCAUGUGCAACACGGCGUUCAAGAAAAUACCAUGUUCCCACCUUGGUCGCCCAGAUCUCCUGCCCAGGACCCUGCCGGUAGACGAAGCUAACAGCGAUUCCAUCGCAACAACCCUGUCCACUUCUUCCUUGGGCAGCGGAGGCCUCAACUCGCCCGCAAAUAGGUCAGUGGGCGUACAAGUGCAUAAAGCUGACAGCUCAGCAAAGGAUUUGACUAGAACAGCUCCCGGCAUCUUCCUGCCUAG